GAGGCUUCUGCCGCGCACGAAGAGGACCGUGCGGAAUAAAAAGCCCCAACUUCGGUCGUUUUGUAUGUCUACGACGAAGAAACGAAAAACUUCAUCGAGGGAAGUUUCCGUCAUGGAUCUGCAGUGAUUCGCAGCGUUAAUUAAAUGAAAGUUUACACUUCUGUUGUGGUUAGAUUAGUGCACUGACGAAGAGUGGGAGAUUUGUGAACAAGCGACGGUGGUAUUAGUAUUUUGUCGGGCUAAUAGUGUGGCGACAGGUCGGUGGUGGUUUGCCCCCCGUUUGGGAUUCCCCCCUCGAGGGAAUACAAGGACGACUUCGACAAAGUGUGGAGUUUCUUUGAAGGACAGCAUCUUCGAUCCUCCACACACUAAGCUUUCUGCUGCCAAAGUUUCCCGGUGCUAAGGUGCAGCCACGCCGGGAGAAGGCGCAGAGCGACGGCCGCCACUCUCCGGCUAGCUCGCCUGCUGUUUCUGCUUCUCGGAUCGAGGCCGUGUCGGCGAGGCGACAAUGCUUGACAUAAUGUCUGAACACCAAGAUUCACUGUUGACGUGUAAAACGGAACCUCUGCCCCCAGAGAAGAAGAAGAGGACUGUUGAAGACUUCAACAAGUUCUGCAGCUUUGUCCUGGCUUAUGCCGGUUACAUCCCCAGUCCAAAAGAGGAAAGCUCGUGGUCCCCAACAUCAUCCAGCUCUGCACACAGUUCGGGGUUGUCAGCAGAUGGUGGAGGUGGAGGGAGCAGCUCCAAUGGCAAUGCCUGGGCAGAUGGGGGCUCCGACAUCCACACCAUCCAUACAUUUGUCCGCAAAGCUCGAGCAAAUAAGGGCAAAAGUAUUCGGCGUAUGCACUCUGACAGCACCCUGCUGGAUAAGAUGCAGCUUAAAGACUCUCUUUAUGAGACCCAGGCCAGCACUAAGGGAGAGCGCAAGAAGGACAAAAAACUGAAAAAGCUGUCACUGGAUUCUGCCAUGGGAGCAGCAGAUAGUGGUAGCAGCGAGGGUGAGAAAAGAGCCCGCAUCAAACGCAGCAAGAACUCAAAACAGCCCAAAGCUAAGAAGCUCAAGAGUUCAGCUCCUCAAAGCGAGACUGACUCCGAGGCACGGAAUACGCACUCCGAGGUACGAGCUGGCAGGGAGGAGCUGCCGGGGCACGGGGGCUCCUCUUCGAGCAUGCAGAGCAUGGGGAAGGUGCAGCCAGAUGAAUCCAUCAGGGAAGCAGAAAUGAGCUCCAGUGAGGGUGAGACAUGGAUCGCUGAUGAAGACAUUAUGGUGGAAUCGGGGGAUGAUUCAUGGGACUUGAUCACCUGUUACUGCGGGAAGCCAUUCGCGGGACGGCCGAUGAUCGAGUGCAACCAGUGCGGCAUAUGGGUGCACUUGUCAUGCGCAAAGAUCAAGAAGUCAAACGUUCCCGACAUCUUUUACUGCCACAAGUGCAGGGACUUGAGGCGGUCGGGACACAAAAAAGACACUUAAAGCUGAGCAGGACUGGAGAGGAAAAGAAGCGUUUGAUCUGUUUUUGCUGUUGUCUGACACUUAACUUUCUUUGAUGCCUACAGCCAAAACAGCCUAAACUAUCACCUGGAGGGCAACUGUAAAGUCAGUUUGUUGGAUUUCUUUCGACAAUCACAACCAUUCUUAUUUAUCCCUCACGUCUAGUUUUUGUUCCCCCUUUUGCUACUGUGAAGAACUGGGGAAAAAAGGCAAUAUUGACAGUUCCAAAUCAUUUUUAAGUUCUUAAUUGACGUCAGCAUUGAUUGGCUUUAGUAUUACAGUUCUGGUGAUGUGCAUAUACUUUUUUUUUUUUUUUU